AUGAUGACGCUGGCAUCCUACCUGGCCACUGCUGACGACAUUCCUGCUGUUAUAUCUUCUUCAUAUAGCGCCCCAGAGAGUAUACUAACUCAGAAAUAUUCGGAGCGCACUUGCAACGAUUUCAUGAAGGCUGGUGCGCGCGGCGUCACGAUCCUGUUUAGCUCUGGCGACCAGGGCGUUAGUGGAACUACUGAGGUUGCCUCAAGAGCCUUCCAUUCUGGCGGCGGCUUCUCUGAUAUCUUCAACACCCCAGAAUAUCAGAAGGCCGAUGUCGAAGCCUACCUGCGUAACCACGUACCUGCCUCAUACGAUGGAAAGUUUGACAAGACUGGGCGUGCUUACCCCGACAUUGCACUCAUGGCGGAACGAAUUCCUUGUAUUGGUCCUACGCCAAGCCGCAAUAACUCGUAUCCAACCCAGCCCGACGUCGUCCUCGGCACGUCCGCAUCCUCUCCCAUAGUGGCCGGCCUUCUGUCCCAGAUGAAUGAUUAUCGCGCCACAUUGAAACUGCCUAUGCUUGGCUUUAUCAACCCUCGUCUAUAUAAUGACCCCAAAGUCCACGCGGCUCUCAACGAUAUCACAUCUGGCCGCAACCGGGGUUGUGGCACGAAUGGAUUUUCUGCUGAGAAGGGCUGGGAUCCUGUUACAGGUCUCGGUUCUUUGAACUUUGCUAAACUGCGUGCCGCGCUUAGCACGUAA